UUAAAGAAGAAGAAACAAUCCGUCAUUUUCCGGGGACAUGACUUACUGACUGGUGUGGGGUUAUCUCAAAGUCUCAAAAGUGACUAUUCUUUAUGCACAAUGUUGGCCUGUACGCGUCUCUGCAGCCGCACUAUAUUCAGCGCUUUUCGCACCAGCCCGGUAGCUGCUGUCGGUCAGCUGCAGAGAGGCUUGUCGACACAAACAGACGGAGAGGAGCGCAUCGCAAGCAUACUGAAGGAGAAGUUCCCUCUGGCCUCCAAGCUCAAAGUGGUGGAUAUAUCAGGUGGCUGUGGGGCCAUGUAUGAGGUCCAUAUAGAAUCCAGUGAGUUCAAAGGAAAAAGAACCAUUCAGCAGCACCAGCUAGUCAACCAAGCCCUGAAGGAGGAGAUCCAAGGCAUGCAUGGCCUACGAAUAUUCACCGAUAUCCCAAAAUAGUAAAAAAGAAAGAAAUGACCUUCCACUCCUGGUUCACAACGCGUUUUGCUUUGUCACCUAAUAAGACCCUGCAGACUCAUGAAGCAGCAAAUGUCUUUAAACCAAACAGUUAAAGUGUCAUCAGCAGAGAUGUAGUUACAACACGUUCACGGAGUAAAAUGUGAAAUACAUGAACAGUAAGAUAGUACUAAGGUUGUUUUUUUGUUUUUUGUUAAAGAAUGUGAUAUAUUGUACUUGAGAUUUAAAAAGAGUGACGGCUGUAAUACGCACAAAAUGACUUGGAAAAUGUUAGGUCAUGAUCAUCAUUGUUGAGGGUCCCUCAAGGUUGUCAGUGAUGCUAGUGUUAGUCAUCAUGAGUACCUGAAAUCAACUACAAACCCUUGCUUUAAAAUAGUUUUCCUGCAAUGUGAUCACAAUGUAUGUACAGUUCCAAUAAAGCUGAUUUAUUUUAAAAUGUUUUAUAACAAUGGGUUGUCCACAAACCUUGUGCUUAUGUUCCAAAUGGAAGUUGUAAUAAAAAGCAACAGCUUUA